UUGAAGUAUCUGAUAUCAAUUGACUUACUAGUGAACAAUCUUCAAGAUCUCCAAGAAAUAUCAAUACUGGAUUGCAAUAUAAUGGAGGAUAUAAUUUCAUGCAAGUCUAGUGCAGCUUUGACUACCCCUUCAAAGUUAAAGACAUUGAAGUUGCAGAACUUGCCAACAUUGGCAAGCAUUUACCAAGGGAAAUUGGUUUGUGAUUCACUUUGUGAUAUCCAAAUAGUUCUUUGUCCCAAGCUGAAGAAGCUCCCAUUCCUGAUAAACAACAAGCCUCCUGUUAGCAUGAGGAUCAUGGCGAGCCAAGAAUGGUGGAAAAUGUUGGAAUGGGAUGAUCUACAGUUGAAAGAACUACUUCAGCCUUUCUUUGAAAAUGGUUCCAUGGACUGGGACAAAGGACUUUCAAGGGAACAAGUGAUCAAAGUGAGUCCUAAACCUUUCAUGUCUGGCCAGAGGAACACAGCGUCGACUUGA